AUGCUGUCACAUUUCGUUCAAAUCACGGAGUUGGACCUGCCGUGGCAUCGGUUUACGCGGGUAGGACAAGAGCCGUUACAUAUCCAGAUCGACAGACUCUCUCUUAAUAUCGAAUUUGCGUCAACAGCGACCGGGUUGCUUUCAGUCUAUCCUCGGCACAAUGGCCCCCGUGAAGGGAGCAAGAUUUUGAAAGCAGGCGACAUCCCCGUCGACUCAGAUCUUCCUAUCCAAGGCUCUCGAGCCUCACGCAAGGUGGCGUUCGGCAUCUCACUUGAUGCCACCGUGGUGAUCCAGAUCGAAUUUGAAUGGGAGACAUCUUCACAUUGA